UUCUUCAUUCUAUAUAUGAAGUCAAUAACCAUUAACAACAUCAUAGAUAUAUGAGUGGCGAUGGAGGGAAACACUGCCGCCUCAAAAAACCGGCCGCCGCCCAGCUCCGGCAACCUUAUAACAGUUCUCAGCAUUGACGGCGGAGGAAUAAGAGGAAUUAUCCCCGGUGUCAUCCUUGCCUAUCUAGAGAAACAACUUCAAGAGCUGGACGGUGAGGAUGCAAGGAUCGCAGACUACUUCGACGUGGUUGCCGGAACCAGUACCGGCGGGCUUGUGACGGCGAUGUUGACAGCACCUGACAAAGAUAAACGCCCUUUGUAUGCCGCCAAGGAUAUAGUUCCUUUCUAUCUCAAGCACUGCCCCAGCAUCUUUCCUCAGACUAGCGGGCCGUUUUCUUGCAUUAUUGAUCUGUUCAAAGCUUUCACUGGACCUCGCUAUAAUGGGGACUACCUUCACAAACUUGUAAGGGACAUCCUGGGAGGUACAAGGGUGCAUGAAACGUUGACCAAUGUGGUUAUCCCUACCUUUGAUAUCAAGAAUCUCCAGCCCACCAUCUUCAAUUCUUACGAGGCACCAGAAGAUUCGAUUUGGGAUGUGCAGCUCUCAGAUGUAUGCAUUAGCACCUCUGCAGCACCGACUUAUCUACCAGCCCACUAUUUCAAGAACAACGAUGCUCAAGGAAGGGAACAAGAAUUCAACCUCGUUGAUGGCGGGGUGGCCGCUAAUAACCCGACUCUGGUGGCGAUCAGCGAAGUGACUAAGCAAGUGAUGAAUCAGAACACGGAUUUCUUCCCCAUGAAGCCAUUCCAGUACGACCGGUUUCUGGUAAUAUCGGUGGGGACCGGCGCCGCGAAGAACGAGCACAAAUACGACGCCCAAACGGCGGCUAAAUGGGGGCUGUUUGGAUGGCUGUUGAACGGCAAAUCUUCUCCGUUAAUCGAAACCUUUACUGAUGCAGCUAGCGACAUGGUUGAUUUCCACAACUGUGUUGUGUUCCAAGCUCUUCAGUCACAGGAUAACUACCUCAGAAUCCAAGAGGACACGUUGACCGGAGAUCUGUCAUCCGUGGAUGUAGCGACAACGGAGAACCUAGAAAAUCUUGUGAAAGUUGGGGAGGGGCUGCUGGAAAAACCGGUGUCCAUGGUGGAUUUGUCCACCGGAGAAUAUAAACCGGUUGAAAAUGGAGGCACAAAUAUGGAAGCACUUCAAAAGUUUGCUAAAGUGCUUUCUGAUGAAAGGAAGACGAGGGGCUCCACAAAUUAAAUGGCGCAGCUGUUGAAUCCUGGGACUGAGCUAGCUUAGGAUGCUGUCUCCUCGGAGACAGCCUUAAUUGCCAAUGUAUCCGGGCCGGGGGUUACGUUGUUUAUAACCAUUACAUUCCACUCUAUUCUCCAUUCAAUUAUAUUGCUCCAACGUGUAAAAAAAACCCAUCUUUGUAUCAUCAAUAAAUUUGGGCUACCAAGCAA